AUUAACCAGCGUCAAAGGCCUCUUUAUCAAUUCUCUUGAUUUGCGCGAUAAAACAUCAACUGCUAUAUAUAGAUACAGAUAUAGAUAUAUGUUUCUGUAUCUAUCUAUGCCUUAACUAAAAAUGGUGGAAACAAGUAGAAGGAAGCCACUGGUGCUUUCCUCAACAAAAUCACUCAUCAGUUCUGUAGUCAAUUCAUCAUCCGUUAAUAAACAACAACUAUUUACCGGAAUUCACGACGAUGCUUCGCCGUCGGCUAACAAACACUCCGCCGCCUCCGGUGAAACGACGUCGUUGCAGCUGCGUGCCGGAAUACUUAGGUUAUCUGAGAAAUUGACGAUUAAUGUGGAUGAAGCUGCUUUGAUUGGACUAUCAACUUCACUAUUAAAAAAACUAUCUAUUACCUCUGGCUCUCUGGUGAUUGUGAAAAAUGUAGAUUUCUCGAUACAAAGAGUGAGCCAGGUCGUGGCUCUAGAUCCCCCGAAUGUUCAUGAUGUUGCAUCAUCAGACAAUGAACCAUGUUCGUAUGAUUUUAUGAAUGCAAUGGUUGUAUUUCCUUCUUAUACUUAUCCUCUGGUCCACCAUGUGCCAUUAGCUACCCAAGUUGCUUAUGUUUCUCCCCUUUUAGCAUUCAAUCUUGGCUUGCAUACAUCAUGCUUGAGAUUGCUUCUUCCCCAUGGAGAAGAGAAAUUAGCCUCUUUGUUUGAAGCUAAUGGAGAUGCAAGUGAGGGGUUAUCCGUUAAUCUAGAUAUUGAACCUUUGACGAAAUUACCGAGGUAUGCCUCACAUCUGAGGGUUUCGUAUGUGAAGAUACCAGAAUGUGGUACCAUUGGUUCUCUUACAGGUAGUUCAUCUAUUGAAGCUGAAGAUCGUCAGACAAAAGUUGAUUUGGCCUUAAAUGAAUACUUCUCUAUAGAUAGAUAUCUUGCUAGAGGUGAUCUCUUCAGUAUCUGCAUAAACUGGAAUUGCAAAUCAGCUAUGUGCAUCGCUUGUAACCAAAAGAAAAAAAAUUCAAGCUACACCAAUCUAUACUUCAAGGUGGUUGCAGCUGAACCUUCAGAUGAGCUUGUCCUGAGAAUCAAUCGCACUCAAACUGCACUUGUGCUUGCUGCAAGUACUCCAUCUGCUGUUCCCCCAAAUCUUUUACUGGCCAAGCAAAGAGGUUUUGCACCUUUACACCAAGAAGCAAUAAAGACCCUGGCCUCCAUUAUAACGCCUACUUUAUGCCCAUCAGAACUUUCAUCAAAAUUUCGGGUAGCUGUUUUACUGUUUGGUUUACCUGGGUGUGGGAAGAGAACUGUGGUGAGGCAUGUUGCUUGUCAACUUGGGCUGCAUGUGGUCGAGUAUAGUUGUCAUGAUUUAAUGGCAUCUUCUGAGAGGAACUCUUCUGUCAUGUUGGCUCAAGCUUUUGGUGCUGCUCGCAGAUAUUCACCAACAAUUCUUCUUCUCCGUCAUUUUGAUGCUUUUAACAAUUUGAGCUCUAAUGAUGGUUCACCAAAUGACCAAGUCGGUGUGAAUUCCGAAGUUGCUUCUGUCAUCAGGGAAUUCACUGAACCAUUUAACCAAAAUGAAGAUUAUUUUGAAGAGGAAGGAGAAGCAGAGCAUAUGAACAGCACUAAUUGGAUGAAUACUCAUCCAGUACUGCUUGUUGCAGCUGCUGAUAAUUCUGAAGGGUUGCCACCUACUAUUAGGCGUUGUUUCAGCCAUGAAGUAAAGAUAGGACCUUUGACUGAAGAACAGAGAGUUGUAAUGCUAUCCCAGUCACUUCACCGUAUUCCUGAAUUGCUUCCGGAUACUUCUCCAGAAGAUCUUGCAAAAGAUAUGGUUGGACAGACAUCUGGUUAUACGCCAAGGGAUAUAAGGGCUUUAAUUGCUGAUGCUAGUUCGAGUUUGAUUCCAACUAAUGGCAUUAGUUUUGAGAAGGAUGAGUCCCAAGCUUUGGGUGAAGGAAGUUCACAUGCACUGAAACCACGAAAGGAUAUUAGUUCGACUGAUGUCGCACCCCAGCCUCUCGGCAAAGAAUUUAUGAACAAAGCUCUCGAGCGAUCAAAGAAAAGGAAUGCUUCGGCUCUUGGAACUCCCAAGGUCCCCAAUGUCAAAUGGGAAGAUGUUGGCGGACUGGAAGAUGUGAAAAGAUCUAUUUUAGAUACAGUUCAGCUUCCCCUUCUGCAUAAGGAUUUGUUUUCAUCUGGCCUACGUAAGCGCUCUGGUGUUCUUCUUUAUGGUCCUCCUGGUACCGGAAAAACUUUGCUGGCAAAAGCUGUUGCGACCGAAUGUUCUCUUAAUUUUCUGAGUGUUAAAGGGCCUGAAUUGAUAAACAUGUACAUAGGAGAGUCAGAGAAAAAUGUACGAGACAUAUUUCAGAAGGCUCGAGCAGCUCGGCCGUGUGUCAUCUUUUUCGAUGAACUCGAUUCUCUUGCUCCAGCCAGAGGUGCUUCCGGUGAUUCUGGAGGAGUUAUGGACCGUGUGGUUUCUCAGAUGCUUGCAGAGAUUGAUGGCCUAAAUGAUUCUUCUCAAGACUUAUUCAUAAUAGGAGCAAGCAACAGACCUGAUCUUAUAGAUGCAGCACUUUUAAGGCCUGGUCGAUUUGAUAAGCUACUUUAUGUUGGAGUCGCUACAGACCCGUCGUAUAGAGAGAGGGUUUUAAAAGCACUGACCCGGAAAUUCAACUUGCACGAAGACGUAUCUCUUUAUUCAGUAGCAAAGAAAUGCCCCCCUAACUUUACUGGUGCAGACAUGUAUGCCCUGUGUGCGGAUGCAUGGUUCCAUGCUGCAAAGCGCAAGGUAUUAGCUGCUGAUGCCGAUCCAACUUGCAUGAAGGAUGAAGUUGAUUCUGUUGUAGUCGAAUAUGAAGAUUUUGUGACAGUAUUAAGAGAGCUUUCCCCCUCACUUUCUCUAGCAGAGCUCAACAAAUAUGAGUUACUACGAGAUCAAUUUGAAGGAACUUCAAAAUGAGCGUCUUUUUGCCAUCUUCGAACACUCAAUCUGGCCUUCUCUAUCUCGUGUGUCAUUUUUAAAUUUGACACUUAUUAUAGGCGGAGAGAGUAUUACUAUUGUUUUUAUUAAAUUAAAUAUAUAUUCAAUGAGGAGUGAAAGAAACAGCUAAUGGUUGUCUAUUACCCACAUUGUCCUUCUUUGUAGGCAUGUGGAUUGCCAUCCAAGUUGUUUUUAGAGAUUUAAUUUUUGAUCUUGUCAUUUUAGCAUUAAUGAUUGGAAUAAUUGAAAGCUUCUCAGGUUGUAACUUGGCUCAUUGGAA